CGUCUCUUGACAUUAAAGUGUCCGUGUUGCUGUUUGUCAGGAGGAGAUUUCUACUCGGCCACCAUGACGGACUUCCUGGCCAGCGACGCCGUCCUCUACAGGAGUCUGGGAGACGGCCGGCCCGUCCUCAGGACCGUCAAGUACGACUCCAAGUGGCUCAGAGAGCCUCACUUCCUGCACGCCAUCGACUACGGUAACUACGUCUACUUCUUCCUCAGUGAGAUCGCAGUGGAGUACACCGCCCUGGGAAAGGUGGUGUUCUCUCGAGUCGCCCGGGUCUGUAAGAACGAUAACGGAGGUUCACCCAGAGUUCUGGAGAGAUACUGGACGUCCUUCCUUAAGGCCCGUCUCAACUGCUCUGUCUCCGGAGACUCCUUCUUCUACUUCGACAUCCUCCAGUCUCUCACCAACGUGCUGCAGAUCAACCAGAGACCUGCUGUGGUCGGCGUCUUCACCACUCAGGCCAACAGCAUCCCCGGCUCGGCCGUCUGUGCGUUCUACAUGGACGACAUCGAGAAGGUCUUCAACGGGAAGUUCAAGGAGCAGCGGACCAGCGACUCGUCCUGGACUCCAGUUCCUGACGAGCAGGUUCCCAGACCCAGACCCGGUUCUUGUGCAGGUGACGGUCCGGCUGCAGAAUUCACGUCGUCAGUUCAGUUCCCCGACGAGACGCUGACGUUUAUCAAGUCCUAUCCUCUGAUGGACGAAGCGGUUCCCUCCGUCAACGACCGGCCCUGCUUCACCAGGACCUCCAGCAGGUAAUGAAGCCGUCCCGUA